GCCUGGGAAAGCACGCGGAUGAUCCUCAGAAUCCGGGGAAGUGCUACUGCGCACGGAUAUAUGGCGAGCGGGACUUCAGGGCGUUCGGUUACCUCUCAGUCCUCAAGGCACCGUACACGGAUGACAGGAUCAAGAAGCACUGGGAGAAAGCCGCUGCAAUGAACGCGGUCCCCAUCCGUCAAGAUGCAACCGAUGAAGAGAAGGAAGCAGCUACAAAGAAAGCUGUAGAACAGUGGGAGAACAUGGGUCGCAGAGCCUCCUGGGGAUGUGCCUGGUACAAGCGCUGGUUCGACCUGGUGUGCACGGCUGUGGAGAAGAAGCAGCGGCUGAAGGCAGUCUUCUUUCCCCGCCAGGUGGGUUACGGCAUUCCCCGCAUGGAGGACCUCUCCAACUGCGAGGUGGACCUUUGGGACGGGUUUGGAUGUGGCGGCUCGCAGAAAGCCGAGCUUGCAACAGCGAGUCUCAUGCAGAAGCAGCACUCCGGAUGGCACUAUGAGGAGGUGGAUGUCACAGCAUUUCUCAAAGAUGAGUUUCCACCAGGGGCCCAAGUGGAUGCUUGGCAUGAGACCGAAGCUGACGCCAGAUGGCGCAAGGGCAUCGUGGUGAAGCAGAUGGACAAAGUGACAAAAGCCGAGUCUGGUGAGGAGUCCACGGAGUUUUUCUGGCAGAUCAAAUCCGACGACGACUCUGGUGAUCCUCGGAUGCCUUGGAAGUGA